AUGUCCUACACGAUCCCGCUCCUCCUCAACGGCCAAGAAAAGCGCGGCGCGAACACCUUUGCAGUCGAGAGCCCCGUCUCGCACAAGACUGUCUGGGACUGUUCUGGCGCCUCGGCCACCGAUGCCGACGAGGCAUUGGCGGCGGCACAGGCCGCUGCUCCUGGCUGGGCGCGGACGAAGCCCCAGCAGCGUCGCGCCAUCUUGCUCAAGGCCGCGGACCUGCUCGAGGAGCGCCGCGAUGAGCUGCGUUCCUACAUGAGCCAGGAGACGGGUGCCGCCGACAACUUUACCGCCUUCAACAUCAUGACUGCCGCUGAGCUGAUCCGAGACGUUGCUGGCCGUGUGUCUGCAAUCAUGGGAAGCAUACCGAUUUGUCAAGAUGAGGGAACGAGUGCGCUCGUGUUGAAGGAACCGUUUGGCACUGUGCUUGCCAUUGCGCCUUGGAAUGCCCCGUUCAUUCUCGGCAUCCGAUCCGUACUUUACCCUCUUGCCGCUGGCAACACCUGCGUCCUCAAGGGCUCCGAGCUCGCGCCCCGCUGCUUCUACAGCAUUGGUCGCGUCUUCCAGGACGCUGGUCUGCCUGACGGCGCCAUAAACGUCAUCUACACCAAGCGCGAGGACUCUGCCGCUAUCACCAACCAGCUGAUUGCCUCGCCUGUGAUCAAAAAGAUCAACUUCACUGGCAGUACGGCCGUGGGCUCCAUCAUCGCCUCAACGGCCGGCAAGCACUUGAAGCCAUGCUUGAUGGAGUUGGGCGGCAAGGGCUCGGCACUGGUGUUGGAUGAUGCGGACCUGGAGUUGGCGGCGAUUCAAUGUGCGCUCGGCGCUUUCUUGCACUCGGGUCAGAUCUGCAUGUCGACGGAGCGCAUCGUGGUCCACAAGGACGUCUUGCCGGCAUUCCGGCCUGCGCUGCGCGCUGCACUGCAGAAGUUUUCCCCAGACAACCAGCCCUCGCCCAUACUAAUUCAAGAUGCGUCGGUGGAGAAAAACAGGCGUCUCAUCAACGAUGCCGUGUCGAAGGGCGCGAGCCUACUGCACGGUGAUCAUACCAAGCGCGAGACGCACCCGGAGACGGGCGAGAUCAGUGGGACGCGGCUGCGUCCCAUCAUUGUUGAUGGCGUCGCUUCGCACAUGGAUAUAUACCACCAAGAAUCUUUUGGUCCUAGUGUCAGCGUCAUCGAGGCCGAAAGCGAGGACCACGCUGUCUCUAUCGCCAACGACACGCCUUAUGGCCUCAACAGCGCCAUAUUCACGCGCGACUUGGCGCGCGCACUGCGCGUGGCCCGUAGAAUUGAGACUGGUGCUGUGCACAUUAACAGCAUGAGCGUGCAUGACGAGGCGACGCUCCCGCACGGUGGUGUCAAGAGCAGCGGCUGGGGUCGCUUCAACGCGCAGUCGGGCAUUGAGGAGUUCCUGAAGACAAAGACGAUCACUUUCAAGGAGUAA